AUGCUCGAGGCAGCCAAGGCAAGGAUGGAACAGGAGGAUCUAGACCAAGGAAUCGCACCCUCAACCUCCACCUCCAACAACAGUUCGGGCGCAGCGAUGAUCCUCGGAGGAUUUCUCUCCCCCAGUCACGAUCUCUACGUGGGUGAGAAACUCAAGGGCGAGGACCUGGUCUUGAACUCACAGGAGCGUUUAGAUCUCUGCCGGCUCCAGACGGCCGACUCUGACUGGAUCGAUGUUGAUGCCUGGGAGGCGAGCCAGGACCGUUUCUACGACUACAACAAGGUCACGUCGAGAUUGCAGCAGUUCUUGCAGGAGCGGUGUCAGACCGCUCUCCAUAACAGGAUGAACGCCCUUUUGUCCAAGCAGCAAUCGUCUGUUGUUGGUGGUGGAUCAGGAGAGCAAUCGGACGAGAAAUCUUAUGCGUCGAUGGUUCCACAACGAUCGGGGUCACUCUUGACAAACAACAACACAGUCAACAACCCCAGUCAGUCAGCAGCAGGCAGGAAUCCGUACAAUAUCAGGGUUGUGUACCUGUGUGGAGCUGACUUUGUCCUCCGGACGGGGGCACGCAAACUAGUCGGCGGUAUUGUUGUUGUCGAUCGACCCCUGGGCGCCCCUUCUUCAUCCAACCAACGUCGGUCCAUCCUCUUGACCCAAAGCGGAGGAUCUAUCUCUGUCCCCGUCUCCAACCAGAUCGAAGACCCCUCAUCCUCCACCUCUGGCGCAUCUGCGUCCAACUCAACAACAACAGGAGAAACGGCGAAGCAGCGAGUCUUUAAGCGUCUGGAACAGUCUUAUGGAUCUGAAUGGUGCGAAGCCUCGAGGAACAACAUCUGGUGGCUACCCGCUCGUAGCCGGACCGAGUCUGAGGACAUCAGCUCGACCAGGAUAAGAGGUCUCCUCUCGGACCGCAAGUCCUGCAAGGGACUGCUACACCCUGCUGUUGCCCAGCGUCUCCUCGAGAAGAAAGCCCGCCAGGAUGCCGGCCUCUAA